CACCUGCGGGCAGCUCCGCCUUCCCACUACUGCAAGGGACGCCCACCACCUCAGGCUCCUCGCUGCUCGAUCACAAGAGUCUCCUUUGCCCGCGUGACAAUAGCAGGGCAUCCUCAGAUCACCUUGGGAAGAGAGAAAGGAUGACAGCAAUGGAUGACCAAUUCCCUUCUUGGAUCUUUGUCAAUGAGAGGAAAUUCAUAACCAGGGAACAACUCAAUUCUUUACUGGAGGCUUAUAAUGUUUUCUAUGAAAACCAGAAAAAUCUGCAUAUAUUGUAUGGACAGACUGAAGAUGGACAGCUGAUUGUUGAGGGGAUGCUGGACAUUUUCUGGGGAGUCAAACGACCCAUACAGCUGAAGAUACAAGAUGAAAAGCAAAUCUCUUCCUUUGAUCUGUUGAAGCCACCAGAGACCUUUUCCAGCAAAGGGAGGAUGACUCGCUGGGGAGAAUUUGAUGACCUUUAUCGUAUCAGUGAGCUGGACAGGACUCAAGUUCUAGCAUCUGAAGCCAGGCAUUCCCCGGAAGACUAUUUAUCUUACCACAGCACUCUGAAGCUGUACACAGACGAAGAGCCGGAAUCCCCAUUGCUCUACAGGACCAUGAGUGAGGCAGCUUUGGUGAGAAGAAGGAUGAGGGCCCCAGAGAUGUACAGAAAAGACAGGAUGGGGAUGCUGAAGAACCACAGAGCCUCUAUCAAUGGGCACGUCUAUGAUCAUGAGACAUCCGUCUUCACCCCGACCUUUGGGUCAGAGACUAAGGUCAGAGCCAACAGCAUCAUGAGAACUGAAGAAGUAAUAAAGCAAAUUCUCCAAAAAUUUAAGAUUGAGAAUAGCCCUAAGGAUUUCGCUCUUUACAUUAUUUUCGGGACAGGAGAACAGAGAAAGCUAAAGAAGACUGAUGUCCCACUGCUGCAGAGGCUAAUACAAGGACCAUCCAAAAGCAACGCUCGGAUCUUCCUCAUGGAUAAAGAUGCAGAAGAAAUCAGCAGUGAUGUGGCUCCGUACAUUAAUUUUCACUUUUCCUUCUUGAAAUCCAUCCUUCAAAAAUUAGAUGAAGAAGAGAAAAUGGAGACCGAGAGAAUUAUGGCAAAAUUCAAUACCGAAAGGGCCUUUAUAUUGAAGUGUCUUCAGAGUAAACAGACAGCAAAAACAGAGACCACAGUCUAGAAGCGCAGCAACUCCUGCUAGUAAGCCCUCCUCAGAGGAGUUAGAGGAGGAACUGCUAAAUCAGUGCAUGGUCUGCUCUGCAUCCUAAAUAUGCAGGACCUUGAAGUUUUGGAAAACUGAAUGCCAAGCAGCCUGCUUCCCCUUUGAAAUGCUGAAGUUGGCUGUGGUUCAGAGUUGGACUAAGGCAAGAUGGGACUUCACUUCAGUAACUGAGGGAAGCCUGCAUACUGAGUAUUUGAAAUGUCAUCGAUAGCAAGUUCCCGAGUGAGCUCAGACUGAAGUGGACUCUGCUCUUAUCACAGGGUUUAAACUUGUUUUAUCUUGCACUCUUAAAAGAGCCGAGAUACUUGAUGACUCAUAAAUGAUGGAAAGCAAACAUUUCCAGUUCUUGAUGUCAACAAGAAACACAUUCUCAAGCCAUCAGGGAUCUGAACUGACCAUGUUUACAGCUGUGUAAACAUUUGAACAUUUUCAUAAAAUUUAGAAAUAGAUCUACAAGGGCUAAUGAUUUUUAACUCUGGAGUAUCAGAGCUACAUGACAUUUUAGAAUAAAAUGGUUUUGGACUUUGUAAAGAAACCUAAACUCUGGGCUGGAGAGAUGGCUACGUGGUUAAAAGCAUUGCCUGCUCUUCCAGAAAACCCGGGUUCAGUUCCCAACACCUAUAGAGCACCUCAGAGUCAUCUGUAGUUCCUGUCCUAGAGGAACUGAUAUCCACCUAUGUGGGCACUGCAAGCACAUGGUGCACAGACACACAGGCAGGCAAAACAGCUAUACAUGUAAAAAAUAAAAAUAAAAAAAUAUUAUUUAUAAAAAUAUCUAAACUCUGA